AUGGUCGGGGGCUACGAUCCAGUAAUGCUCCCGCUGCCGUUUUUCUUCUUUACCGCUUCAACUAUAGGGAUCAUUGGAAAUUCCAUUAUGAUUAUAGCAACGUACAAAGCAAAGCGAAUGAAAUCUCCAUGCCAUAUAAUGAUUGCAUUGACGUGUGCGGCAGAUCUGGUCCAUGAAGUCGGACAGUAUCCUUUUGUGUAUCACUUUCUCCGACAAGAAACUAUGGACCAAUCGAAUUGUUUUUGGCUCCAGGUGAUCCCAAUGUUUGGAGCCUGUGUUGGAAGCCCUUUUAUAUUAUGUCUCGGUUUAGACCGCUUCGCUGCAGUAAAACUCCCUUCCAGGAGUCUCAGGCGUAGUGUUGGUACUCGUAUAGCAUGA